CCUUGUUUGUCCAGGGUACCAAAGGCGUUUCUUUUUAUUUAUUAAUUGGGGGGCAAAGCAAGCACCCGUAAACUGAAUCCCAGGACCCCAAAAUUUUGAGAGAUCAAAAAAAAAAGUGUUUUAAACUGUAGGCCAUGCUCUUUUUAAACAACCUAGAAAAUUGUAAAACCAUACAGUACUUGGUUUAAACAAUAACAUUACAGCACCAACCAUUGCCUAAAAAAAUGAUUUUCUCCACCCAGUCCCUCCCGUAUCUCCACUGGGCUCUUUUAGUACUCUACCUGCACAAAACAAAACGCUGCUUUCUGGUUAUAUGGUGUAUGUACCGGGCUUAUGUGGCACAUUUCUUAACUUCAACCACUCAAUACCAACACACCAUUAUCAUUACCAGUUCUCAUUUUUGCUGGAUUGCUUAACGACAUCGAAGACAAUUAACAUUAUUACUUAUUUUAGGACAGAGAGAGAGGAACAAAUAGAGGAGUUCACAUAUUACUAUUCAAAGUAUUCACAAAACUCAAUUUCUACUCAUGUGUUUGGCAUUAUGUGCUUUGCAUUAAGUCCAAAAAUAAAAAAGUUCAUAAUCGAUUUUUGGUACUCACUAUAGGCUGCUUGCGGGUUUACUCCAGAAAAAGAAUGCAUACUUAUGUACAGUAUAUAGAAGUGCUGCUGUAUUAAAAUGAGAAUGAAAUUGUGUUAAAAUGUUCAAACGCUUGUACAAAACAGUGACAUUUACCUUGCCUACCCAGGAGCUCAGCACCCCGCAACCUCUCUGAUCCUAGCAUCUCCCCUGACGGGUACACUGAUUAAUAAAGUUGAUUGAGGGGAGAAAUCACAAUAAUAUAUGGCUGAAUGAACAAAUAAGAAAGCUUUUCAUGUUAAUAGAUGUACACUCAACUUCAUGAAAUUCUAUAAAAGAACUGCAUCCAAAUUGUACAAUAAGUCAUAAUUGCACAUAUAAAGUGAAAUACAGUUUUUAUAGGGUUUUUUUCCCAACCAAUUUUAUGCAUUAUAAUGUACAGUAUGUCCGUGUAUCAUAUUAUGAGGAAUAAUAUGGAUUCCAAGGCAGCACGGUGUGAUUGUGGUUACUAGCACGUCUGGCGUCUCUCUCACAGUUAUGAGGUUCUGGAUUCGCCUCCUGGCUGCGGCCUUCCUAUGUGGAGUUAGCAUAUUCUCCCAGAGCUUGCUUGGAUUUACUCCAGGUACAGUAUAGUCUGAGUUUCUCCCAUAUUCCCAAAACAUGAAAAGCUACUGUAGGUUCAUUGAAGACUCUAAAUUGCCAAUAAGUGCGAAUGUAAGUGUGACUGAUUUGAUGGUGACCCGUCUAGCUCGCCCAAAGUCAGCUAUAGGCUCCAGCCAGCGCACCGGCUGUGACCCUAAUGAUGUCAAGUGCUAUAGGAAAAGGAUGGAUACUUUCCAUAUUGCACUGAUUGUACAGUCCUGUAUGUAUGCAUAAAUGUUGCGCUGCAUAAGAAAAGCAGCCCCAGAUCAUAAUUAAACCGCUUCCAUGUUUCACAGAAGGUACAGUGUUCUUUUCUUUGUAUACACGGCAAAGGCAAAAUUGUUAGUACUACCUUCCAUUAUAGAAAGAACACCCCACAAUUGUCACUGGAAUAGCUUGACAAAAUGGAUACUGACAAGCUACAAAGCUUUUGGGAGAAUGUCCUUUGGAAUGAUGACACAAACUGGAUAGAGCUUUUGAUGAGAUGGCCGCCGAGGAAUUUGGCGGCGGAAUGGUGGUGGUCUGUGUGAUCCUGGGCCUGUCCUUUCUGGUUGGAACUCCUGGCAACCUGCUGGUGAUCUGGACCAUCCUGCGCCACGUCAAGCACCGCUCUCACACUUUGGUGCUCAUCCUUCACCUUGCGGCCGCAGACCUUCUGGUACUCAUCACCCUGCCCCUGUGGAUAUACUCACUGGCCCAAUCUUGGGUGUUUGGAGAGAUCUCCUGUAAAGUCAUGGGCUUUGUGAUCAAUGCCUGUAUGUACGGCAGCGUUUUCCUCAUCACCCUCAUGAGCGUGGAGCGUUUUUUGGCCGUGCGCUAUCCCUUUGCCUCGGCUGGAUGGAGGAGGCAAAAGGCCUUAAGUAAAGUGCUGCUGUUCUUGUGGACUGCGGCCUUCCUGUUCAGUGUGCCCGCCCUCCUCACACGGGUUGUUGAUAAGGAUUCGGGAGAGGAGCAGUGUUUAUACAACCAGUACACCUCAGCCUCUCAGGAGCUGGUUUGUGUGCUGCUGGAGACCCUGGUGGGCUACGUAUUGCCGUUCUCCAUCCUGGUGGUGUGCUAUGGCUGCCUGUGCACUCGCAUUACUCAAAUGACCUUCAAGUCCAAACGCAAGUCUACAGUCCUCAUUGCCAGCGUGGUGGUGGUGUUCGCCAUUUGCUGGACACCUUACCACAUAGGAAACAUACUCUCACUGGUUAUCCUUGCCACGAAGAGGUCCUUCCCGUACAUUGGUGAUCAUUUGGCUGAUGUGAGCAACAACAUGGCCUACAUCAGCGGAGCUAUGGUCUUCAUCAGCAGCACCAUCAACCCCGUUCUCUACAUGUUCGCUGCCCGCUCCUUCCGCAGGUCAGUGCGAGACACGGGCAUCCGGAAGCUCUUCCGGCACAUCUCCAGCACCUCUCCAGGUGAGGGCAACAGAGAGUUGUCCUUUGUUUCCAAGAGACAGAAGACUGAGACGAGCAGCUCUCAGUGUAACGCUGAGUCAAAAGGGCAAAUUGACAUGUGCGGAAACAACCCAUCCUAGCAACAUGAGCCGGUGGUGUAUGUAUGUGCAUGUAUAUAAAAUAGCUCCUUGUUUUUGUGUGUGGUUAUAAUGUAUCUGAAAUGUAACUAUUGACUUGUAAAUUUAUUAACGUAAAUAGAGUAUACUGCAGUACAUAAAUCUUGAAAUAUUUUGACUCUCACAAGAAGACUAAGCUCUCACUCUGUGCAAUUUAACACCACCAUAAACUACAACUGCAUUAAUAAACAAUAAAAAAAAAUAAUAAUACCUCUCUGAUAACGUCAUUUAAAAAUCUGCCUUGUUAUUGGAAGAGCAUUUUUUGUACUUUAAGUAUUAAUGAUAAUGGGAUGGAAGCAGCACGGUGGCCUCGUUGUUCUGAGGUUGGGGGUUUGAAUCCAGGCUCCGGCCUUCCUGUGUGGAGUUUGUAUGUUCUCCCUGGGCUUGUGUGGGUUUUCUCUGGGUACGCUGGCUUUCUUCCACAUGUUAGGUUAAGUAAAGACUCUUAGGUUUGAAUGAGUGUGAAUGGUUGUUUGCCUAUGUCUAUAUGUGCUCUGCGAUUGGAUGGUAACCAGUCCAGGGUGUAUGCUGCCUCUUGCCCAAAGUCAACUGGGAUAGGUUCCAGCACACCCUCGACCCUAAUGAUAAGCGAGUAUAGAAAAUGGAUAGAUAAUGUUAUGGUCAGUUAGUGUAUAUUUAUUUUAGAAAAAUAUCUAUCUAUCUAUCUAUCUAUCUAUCUAUCUAUCUAUCUAUCUAUCUAUCUAUCUAUCCCAAUGUAUUCUUCAAAUGAACGUAGUAUUGUGUAUUAAAAGUAAGUUUCAAUAUUGUUUACUUGUAUACUAUGUAUCUCCACAUUUUGAGAUAUUUUAAAUGUGAAGCACAACAAAAAAAGUAAAUUCCUUUUUGUUUUCUGUAAAAAUGUAAUACCAAAAUAAAAAAAUAACACCAUGGCCACUUUAUUAGGUAUAACUGUACAUUACAACAGUUUUUUUGUGUUUUAGCUGACAUGAUCAGAAAGUUCACUGUUCUGUUUUUAUACUAUUGAGGUCCUUUUUUCAUCUUUGUUUAUUUCGGUCCUAAUGGAAUUUCCCUGUCUUGCUGUUUCGUGUUUCACUCUUAACUUUUAACUAAUGAAUGUAAUUGUUUUGAAAUGUAGGAAAAAAAUAGUAAAAACAAUUUUGGACAGCUAAGUCCUUGAAUCUAGCAGCAGACGAGUCAGGCCCCUCUACUUCCUCUCCAUGACAAGAUUGCAAAAUGAAAAGC